UUAUAUGAGGUCACAAUGUAUUAUGACGGCACGACAAAAACGCAAUUACUGGCCUUACGGGAUAACAAAGCAACAAGUGGCUGAACGCGAGAUGGAUGGUCUGUGCUUGGCACGAACAAAUAUUCAUAAAACAUUCAUUUUACUUGCUAGAACUUUAUGAAAACCAAAUUUACCAACUUUUCUCGAGGCUCCAAGAAGUUCUGCAAGGAGGAACAAAACAGACAACAAAUCUGUCUGGGAGUGUCUGACCCACUGGCAGUCACAUGUCUUGACAAUGUGGAUGUUUCCAGCUUUAACACUCUUGAAAAUCCUGGACUCCUUCACAAGGCCCAGCGGUCGCCCCAAAACAGGCACAUGUCUGUUUAAUCUGGGUGUUGUGGGCACAGCUUAGCAGGGUAUUACGAUUCUUUUUCUUUGGUGACUAACGUUCUCUUCUGCUUAUUAUAUGAUUUUCUUAUUCAGUACAGAGCUGGAGAUAUGGGACUGGUUUGUCUCUAUCACUUUCAGGUUGUCCUAAAGGAAGUGUCUAUGGCAGGAUCUUCUCCAAAAUGCGAACUAUUUUUCCAGGCUCUCCUAUACUCCAGUGAUUAGUAAAAUCACUGGAAAAGAGGUGUUUGACGCAAGAGGAUUGACAGCAGUUCAAACCGAAGUGUACUGCAUCAUCAGAAAUGAGGAAAAGAUGGUGUGCAGUGCAGUGAUGAGUGGCCCUAGUGAUGGUCUGGCUGAUGGUGUGGAGGAGUCAGGGGAGGCAUUUUCUAACAGCAACCAGCAACAUCUAUCCAUCACAACAGCUCUGAAGUGGAUCAGAGAGCAUCUCAGUCCAAUGCUGCACGGCUUCAACCCCACUGACCAAACCAAUGCAGACAAACUACUUAGUGAUUUCUUCAUGGAACGUUACUUGGAGCACAAGGACAGUCUUAACAUAAAGGAGGAGGAUGAACUGAGGAAUGAAUCAGUGUCUGAGGCUCUGCCCCAGGCCACUCCCACACCUGCUCCUGCCAAAGACAAGAAAGGAGGUGAUAAAGGUAAAAAAGGAAAUAGUACAGAGAAGCCCCUCCCCCCCGCGGAGACCCCAGUGCCGAGGCUGCCGGGGGCUACGGCAGUGGGUGUGGUUUCUUUAGCUGUGGCAAAAACUGCUGCCAGACUUCGUGGAGAACCCUUUUACCGGCAUAUCACAUCAGUCAGAGCCACGCAGGUUCAGAGUGAGAUGCACCUGCCUUUGCCCAUGAUUACAAUUCUGAGCUGUGGAAAGAACUCUGUGGGUAAACUCAACCUGCUGGAGGAGGUCAUCCUCAUGCCCAGCUCAGCACAAAGAGUCAGAGAAGUCAUUGGCAUGGGCCUUGAGCUGCAGUGUGAAAUGAGGAGAGUUUUGAAUGGAUCUGCAUAUAAAGCUGGGCCGAUAGGUGUAUCAGACGAGGGCGCGUUACAGGUGGGGUUUGAACGUCCUGAACAGGCUCUUGAUCUGGUCACAGACGCUUGUGCUAACCUGGAAUUGCCUCUGGGUUCAGACCUGUGCUUGGCUAUAAACUGUGCAGCACAUGGCCUGAUGGACUAUUCACGUGGGAAGUAUGAGGUGAUGUCCGGCUUUCACAAAUCCCCAGAUGAGUUGGUGGACAUGUACGAGGGUCUGAUUAAUAAAUAUCCUGCUAUCACAUCCCUCAUCGAUCCUUUCAGGAAAGAGGAUGUAGAUCAAUGGGAAAGGCUGGCUUCAGUGAUUGGUCAGUCAUGCUGCCUGAUUGCAGAUACUGCAUCCAAUCUCUGUCCUCGCUGGAGUGAAGCAAAACUCCUCCCACCCGGGGUCUCAAGGGUGAUUAUUAGGCACCAGAGUGAUAUGACCAUCUCUGACCUUAUACAAAGCAUAGCAGAGCAGAAAGAAACGAUGCUGGAUGCAGCCAGUGGCGAUACAUCAAUUGUUGACCUGGCCGUAGGGUCAGGCGUGUCCUUUCUCAAACUGGGCGGGUUGAGAGGAGGAGAGCGAAUGGACAAAUACAAUCGCCUGAUGGCGAUAGAAGAGGAACUGGAGCAGGAGGAGAUCCUGGGUGCUAAAGGAAAAAAACAGCAUCUGUCGGAUGUUUUUGAAACUCCGGAAGCGGCUGUGACUCUGUGACCAUCUCUGCUUGAUGUGACUUCAUCUCCUGUCUGUCUGUCUGACAUUAUCACAGUAGGGUUUGUCUCACCUGACUGCAUAACAUCAAAAUGCGUAUUAAUUAAUUCACAUCAAAAUAUCAUUUUAGUGCAAGAUUGUAAACAUGUAAACUGACUCAUCACAUGCACUAUAUUCCUGUGUGACAUGCUAUAGUGCUUAUAGAUGGUUUAUACAUUAA